AUGAUCGAUUCGUCAGCAGAUAUACCUUCGAUACUGAAACUUCAGUAUCUGUUGUCAUCAUUGAAGAGUGAGGCGGCGCUGCUGUUCGAGCAUACCACAUUGACCGCGGACAACUAUGCGACCACCUGGGCCGCGCUGCUGAAACGGUAUGAUAACCCGCGCAUGUUAGUCCGUGAUUAUUAUCGAACAUUGCAUCACCUUCCCGCGAUGCAUGAAGGAUCUGUGGAUGAAUUGGCGCAGCUUGUGGACGAGUUCACGCGGCACGUGAACGGUUUAAGAAAGCUGAAGGAACCGGUUGACAACUGGGACACUCCCCUCACCACAUUGCUGUUCUUCAAAUUGGAUUCAUCAACCAUCCUAGCUUGGGAAAAGCAUUCAUCGGCCAGCCCCAAGGAUAAGUAUUCAGAUCUAAUCGAUUUCCUGCAGGAUAGAAUCCGAAUCCUUCGUUCGUCCCAAACGUUAGCGAAGAUAUCUGAAUCGAAACAAACGCCGGUGGUACGGUCGUGCAAUUCCGUCUUCCGUUGCAACAAGUGCAACGCACGUCAUCACAGCAUGUUGCACGACGAUUCACCGCCACAGGUAACCAUGAACGUAGGUUCGAGCAAUGAAAUUGUGGUUCUCGAAACGGUGGUUCUCUGGUUAGUCGAUGACCAUGGCAUUCGGCAUGAAGCACGAGCGUUGUUGGAUUCAGGAUCCAUGUGCAAUAUCGUGUCCGAAUCCCUAGCGCGGAAGCUGCUGACACGUCGUACAAAGAUCAACGUUGCAUUGACAGGUAUCGGUGAGGGUGUUCAGCAAGCCAAGGGUUCGAUCAUCGCAACGGUGCAGUCAAAGUCAGCGCCAUUUUCGUCGCCACUUGAGUUCCUGAUAGUGAACUCCCCUUGUGCUGAGAUACCGACUGCCCCAAUCGAUGUUGCUGGUUGGAAAUUCCCUGACGUUCCGUUGGCUGAUCCUGCCUUUAACCUUCCUUCAAGAGUUGAUGUGAUCAUUGGGAGUGACGCAUAUUGGGAAUGGCAUACCGGAAAGAAGCAGUUACUGGUCAAAGGCGGUCCUUGGAGCCAUGAGUCUCUCGAUACAUUGCUGCAACGGUUUUGGGAGAACGAGACCAAUCUAGAGGGACCCGCUCUCUCGCUUGAGGAAGAUGCUUGUGAGAAGCAUUAUGCUGCCACUACAACGCGUGAUCACCAUGGUCGUUACAUCGUUUGUCUGCCUCGUAAUCCCAGAGCAGAUAUAGUAUUGGGUUCAUCAAAGGAGAUUGCGGAUCGACGACUGAUGGCUGUGGAGCGGCGAUUGAAGAUCAACCCUGAAAUGGAGAUGGAAUAUAAGCGUUUCAUGCAAGAGUACGAGGAACUUGGUCACAUGCGAAAACUUACCGAACCAGUGGAUGAUAGUGUUCCGCAUUGUUAUAUUCCUCACCAUGCGGUGGUGAAGGAAUCGAGUACAUCCACAAAAGUACGGGUCGUGUUUGACGCGUCCUGUAAAACGAGCUCGGGAUACUCCUUAAACGAUACGUUACUAGUUGGCCCAAUUGUCCAGGAAGAUCUACUAACGAUUAUAUUGCGAUUCAGGUCCUACGCAAUCGCAUUAGUGGCCGAUGUGGAAAAAAUGUACCGGCAAAUUCUCCACAACAUCAUCGAUCGGAAUCUGCUACGUAUCAGGUACCGAAAGAGCCCCCUGGAUCCGAUAUCGACCUACGAGCUGAAUACCGUUACUUACGGCACGGCGUCAGCUCCAUUCCUCGCCACUAGAACGCUCCAGCAGGUUGCGCAUGACCACAAAGAUCAAUUCCCGAAGGCAGUUGAUCCCGUGUUACGUGAUUUUUACGUCGACGAUCUACUAACAGGAGCGACUGACCUUAACGAAGCAGUAGAAGUGCGAAAGCAAAUCACCGCAAUGCUCGAUUCAGCUGGUUUCGCAUUGAAAAAGUGGGCAUCUAACGUUCCAGAAUCGCUUCUAGAUGUCCCACGUGAAGAUCUUGCGAUUCAAUCAAUGCACGAGUGGAAGGAUGGUCAAGCUGUUUCGACGCUGGGGCUGGUUUGGGAACCCGCCAACGAUUCGUUUUCCUUCAAG